AUGAAUUCACAAUUCUAUUGGAAAGCAGGCAGUAUCUUAGGUGCUUAUGGCGCUCAUGGACUUGUCAAAGUAGUUGGAGAUAACCCCACUAAGCUCAGAAAUUGGGCUACAGCUUCCAACUUUCAAAUUAUUCAUGGUGUCGCACUUUUAGCUUUGUCUUCUAUUCCACCUAGUGUUCGUCAAAUUCAUCCCGCUGCUAAACCACUCAUUUUGACUGGUACAAUCUUGUUUAGUGGAACUGUUUAUCUUUUGACUCUUCAACGUGAAAGAUUUAGUAGUAUUAAUUUAUGUGCUCCUUUAGGUGGCUUGACAAUGAUGGCUGGUUGGGCUGCUCUUUUGUUAUAA